CUACUGUUAAUGUCAAUCAAUAGCUCAAACUAAAAAAUCAAAAUCAUUAGCAUAAAUUACCUUCCAUAAAGCACUAUGUAAUAGACCCCUUAUCAAUUCAAUAACGAUAUUAAGCCACCUAUAUAACAAUACACUUAAAACUCACACUCAAAAUUUUCAGUUAAAUUAAAUUCUGAUUUAAAUACCAGUGAGCCAAAUAAACAAAGGUCAUCUUCUUAACUUUAAAACCCAUUGAAUCCUAUUAAUAUUAACCUCUACAACAAGCAUUAUGAAAGGACAUUUAACAAAGGCUAUCCUAAUUGUUAAAUGUUGAAUUAAUAAAAUUCUGAUUUCGCAGCCUAAAUAAGCGAAAAACCAUAAUAAUUUAAUAAUUACUAGUCUUAUGAAGUUUAAAAUGUCGAAAAUAAUACAUAUACUAACUCUUAAUCUUAUCAAAACUAGACAUAAGUCGAUAAUUUUGUAUAAAAUAAAGGAAAUAAUAUAAUUAAUAAAAACUAAUAAGUAUACUAAUAAACUAUUACUCAAUAAUGUCCUAGCAAUAAAUACAAUAAUAAUAAUAAUUUUGAAUCUUAUUAGCCCUAGAUUGUUUUAAAUACUUAGUGUUAACAUUAAAAUAAUAACUCAUAUUAAGUUUAGAAUAACAAAACAGAAAAUCAUACCAUUACAUAGAUGGGGAAUUAGUCUAUAACAAAAUUCAGGCUAGAAUAGGAAGAAGCAAAAGAAUAUAACUCAGACAAUAAUUGUGAAAUUAAUGAAGACCUAUCUUCAUCAUUAAUCAAAUCAAUUACAUAUUUAUGCUAACAUUGCAACACAAGAGUGUCUAAAGAUAUUGUUCAACUAGAUUGUUACCAUUUUUACCACAUUUAGUGUUUCUAAGAUCAUUUGUUACAAUAAAUCUGUGUGAAAACAUAUAGACCUUUAUAAUGUCAUUGCAAAAUAAAGAUUUCGUAGUCUUAAGUAAGAAAUGUGUUGAAAUUAGAAUAAAAAAGAUCUGAUUUGAUUGAAAAACUAUUAGAAUCAGAAAUCAAUUCUAUUUUUACCAUGUACAAGAAAAUUUAGAAUCUAAAUAAAUGUGCAAAUUGUAAUUUUUUCUGGGUUGGAGAUGGAAAUGAUAAAACCUAAAAAACAUACUACUGUUAAAAAUGCGAAAGGAAAUACUACUGAU